CAACCUGCACCAUUCAAAUCCUCCGAAUUUUCAGUCCAAAAUAAUAAUAAUAAUGACAGUAUUUUAUUAAAACACUUUGGUUUUUAAUUUAAUCCAUAAUCCAAUCUGUUCCUGUUGUCACUCUUUUUGUCUAUCUGUCUCUUAUUCUCUCCGUAGAUUUUCAUCUUAACAAAGAACGAAUGUCGGAAACAACAACCCUUUAACUCUUUAUUUCCUAUAAAUCUCCUAUAUCUUUUCUCUUUCUUUCAUCUUUCUCUUCACAAUAAUAAACAAGAACAACGUCUUUGUUUUUUUUUUUUUUUUUGUGUUUUUAAUUUCUUUAUUUUUCGGGAGAGAAAGAGAGAAAAAAAAAAAAAAUUAAGAAUUUUGUAUAAUAAUUAUGGGGGGUUGUGCAACUAAGCCAAAGGUGUUGAAGGGUGAUCAGGAUAGGGAGGUGCCGGCACCGGUGCCGGAGCCCGCUAAGGAGGAGGCUGCAGCAGCACCUGUCACGGUGGCUGCAGAAGCCAAAGAGGUGGUGGUUGUUGACAAUAAAGAUGGUGAUGGUGAUGAAAUUACUAAGGUCAAGGAGAUUGUUGAAGAUGGCAAGGGUGAUGAUCAAGAAACCAAACCUCGAUCUCUCAGUAACUUGUUCAAGACUGAAGAAGGGCAGGAGGUAAAACCGGUUGAUGUUAAUGCUACUUCAGAGGCAGCGAAAGAAGAUUCAAAAGAGACCGAAAAGGCUAAAGAGGAAUCCGAAACAAAGCAACCUGAAGUUGAAAAAUCUGAGAUUUCUGUUGAGCAUACACCUACUGCAGAAUUUGUUGAUGCUCCUGAGAAGCCAGAUUCUGAGAAAACACCCGGAGUUGCUGCGACCGAAACCAAGGAAUCAUCGGAGAAGAAAAUUGUGGAAACAGAAUUAUCUGAGACCAAGAUUAAACCCGAAGAUGAGGCGAAAUCGUCUGAGAUUAAACCUGGAGAUGAAAAGCCAUCUGAUGAGAAGAAAACAGAAGAAACUAAGUGAAGUUGUGGAAAUAUUUAGUGUCAAAGUGUUAUAGAGGGAUCAUAAUGUGGACACUAAACAAAAAACCAUCAUUUGUUAUUCAUUCUGCAGGGAAACUAAGGCUGCAGGCAAGGCGGUUGCAGAAGCCAAGUAGUUCACUGGUUUAAUUUUUAUAUUUUGGGUUAUUUUUGUGGGUGAACUUGUUUUUAAUAUUUUUGUUAAAAAUCUCAAAUUUGUUUUAAACUGAAGUUCAUUUCAAUCCUCGUGAGACAUAAUAUAUGGGAUUGUAAGAAUUAUAUAUAGAUCACAGACUGUUUUUAUGUA